AUGAUUACAAUAAUAAACUAUAAAUGGUUUUUUACCAUAACAUUUAUUUUAAUUUUUUUAUAUAGUGAUAGUUUAAAUAUUUUUAAUAAUAAAAAUAAUAAUAAUAAUAAUUUAAAUAGUAAUAGUAAAAAUGUAGUAGUAGCUUAUAAUAAUAAUAAUAAUAGUAAUAAUAAUAAUAAUAACAAUAAUGAUAAUAAUAAUAAUAAUAAUUUUGUAAAUUUUAAAGAAUAUAAUAAUUGUUCAACAACAACAAUAAUAAAAACAUCAACAAAUGUAUCACCAUUAUUAAUAAAUGAUAAUGAAUUUAAAAAUAAAAAUAAAAAUAAUUUAGUAAAAGAAUAUAUAAUAAUGUUUAAAAAGUAUAUUGAUCAAAAAGAGCAUCAAUCUUAUUUAAAUGAAAUUCUUAAUAGAAAUGAAAAAAAGAUAAAACAAAGUAUAAAAAAUCAAAAUCAAUUAAUUGAUUGGAAAAUUAUACCAAGAAAUAAUCCAGCUUCAAAAUAUCCAUCUGAUUUUGCAUUAGUAGAAAUCACAAGUAAUAAACAAUCAUCAUUAGAUCCAAUUUUAAAAAUUCUAUCACAAGAUUCAAAUAUUAAACAUAUAUUUCCAGAAAGAAAAAUUCAUGAAUCAAUGUUAAAAAAAUGGCAAACAAGUAGUGAAGAUGAUAAUAUUAAUAAUAAUAAUAAUAAUAAUAAUAAUAAUAAUAAUGAAAAUGAAGAUGAUGAAAAUAAUAAUAAUAAAAAUGAUAAUGAAAUUAAUGAUAAUUUAAAAAUGUAUGGUAGAAUUCAUCAAGAGAUACCAGAAGAAAUGAUUGAUUUAGAGAUGAAUGGUAGAGAUUAUAAUCAAAGUGUUGGUAGAAAAUUGAAAUCGAUUAAUGAUCAUAUACAGAUUACGGAUUUGUUUAAUGUGAGGAAAUUGUGGAAUCAAGGAUUCACAGGUAGAGGUACAAAAGUUGCAGUAUUUGAUACAGGUUUGGCAAAGGAUCAUCCUCAUUUUUCAAAUGUUGUAGAGAUAACCGAUUGGGCACGUGAAAAAGUUGAAAAUAAGAAAAAGAGUAAUACUGAUACCAUUGGUCAUGGUACAUUUGUUACGGGUAUAAUUGCAAGUUCCUCAGAGAAAUGUAUGGGUUUUGCACCAGAUGCAGAGAUUUAUAUCUAUAGGGUUUUCAAUUCUGAGAAGGUUUCAUUCACAAGUUGGUUCAUUGAUGCCUUCAAUCAUGUGAUUCUAACCAAAGUUGACGUAUUGAAUCUUUCAAUUGGUGGACCUGAUUUCAUGGAUAAACCAUUUGUUGAAAAGGUGUGGGAAGUGUCUGCAAAUAAGAUCAUUGUGGUUUCGGCCAUUGGCAAUGACGGUCCGUUGUAUGGUACUUUAAAUAACCCAGCCGACCAAUCCGAUGUGAUUGGUGUGGGUGGUAUAGAUUACAACGACCAAUUGGCAUCAUUCUCUAGCAGAGGUAUGACCACAUGGGAACUACCACAUGGAUAUGGUAGGGUUAAACCAGACAUCGUGGCCUAUGGAUCGGGUGUUUACGGCUCGCCAUUGAAUGGUCAUGAUGAUAAUUGUAAAGCAUUAUCGGGCACUUCAGUCUCUUCACCAGUGGUGAGUGGUGCCAUUGCAUUGCUAAUCUCAACUGUGAAGGAUAAAAGCAUUAUCAACCCCUCCUCAAUGAAGCAAGUUCUCAUUGAAAGUGCUGAAAAAAUUAAAAAUGCAGGUAUUUUCGAACAGGGUAAUGGCAAAUUGAACGUAUUGGGUGCAAAGAGCCUAUUGGAUCAUUACAGACCCAAGAUAACCAUAUCACCAUCACAAUUGGAUUUCUUACCAACUAAUAAAGAUACAUGUCCAUACCUCUGGCCUUAUUGUACUCAAAAACUUUAUCAUACCUCAAUGCCAAUCAUUGUGAAUGCUACCAUUCUAAAUGGUAUUAGUGUAAGUGGUGAAAUUGUAAACACCUAUUGGAAUGCCUCUAGAAAUGGUCAUCAUUUAAAAGUUGACUUUUCUUAUCAAUCAACCAUUUGGCCAUGGACUGGUCAUUUAGGUAUUUUCUUUACUGUACCUGAAGAAUCACAAUCAUUUAAUGGUGUUGCUGAAGGUUCUGUUGAAGUUAUAAUUGCAAUUGAUAAUAAUAAUAAUAAUAAUAUCAACAAUAAUAAUAUUAAAUCAACAUUAUCUAGAAAUUAUUAUACAAUACAAUUACCUGUACGUGUUCAAAUUAUACCAAAACCACCAAGAGAACGUCGUAUACUUUGGGAUCAAUUUCAUAAUCUACGUUAUCCAUUAGGAUUUUUCCCACGUGAUUCAUUGGAAACAAAGAAUGAACCAUUCGAUUGGAAUGGUGAUCAUAUUCAUACCAAUUUUAGAAAACUUUAUGGAAAGUUAACACAAUUGGGUUACUUUGUAGAGGUGAUUGGCUCACCAUUGACUUGUUUCAAUCCAUCAAACUAUGGUACAUUGAUGAUCAUUGACCCAGAGGAAGAGUUUUUACCAUCAGAAAUUAAAAAGAUUGAAGAGGAUGUUAGAAAUCAUGGUUUGAAUUUAAUAGUUUUCGCAGAUUGGUAUAAUACCGAGGUGAUGAAAUUAAUUGAAUUUCAUGAUGAUAAUACUCAACAAUUAUGGUCACCCGCUACUGGUGGUUCAAAUGUACCAGCUCUCAAUGAUUUCCUAUCAGUGUUUGGAAUUUAUUUUGGUGAUAGUAUUUACAAUGGUGAAUUCUCUGUAGGUAAUAAAGUUUCAACAUUUUCAUCAGGUACCUCUAUCAUUGGUUUCCCUGCUGGUGGUAAAAUUUUAGAAGCUUCAUUAGUAGAUCAAACUCGUCUCAUCACUAAAGGUAGAACUUCACAAUCAAAAGUACCUGUAUUAGGUUUCUUUCAACCAACAACUUUAGAAAAUGAACAUAGUUCUGAUAGUUCUGAUUCAACUAAUGAUUCAAAUUCAACUAUAAUUUCAAAAAGAAUUUUAAAAAAUAAUAAUAAUAUUGAAUCAAGUAUUAAUAAUAAUGAUGAUGAAUCAACUCAAGAUAGUUCUGAUAAUAGUAUUGUUGAUAAUACUAGUAGUAGUACUAGUAGUAGUAGUAGUACCAACAGUAAUAGUGAUAGUAAUAAUAGCAAUAGUAAUAAUAAUAAUAGUAAUAGUGAUAAUAAUAAUAAAAAGAAUAAAGAAAAAAAAGAAGAUAAUUCAAUUUAUUCAAGUGGUAAUAUUGUUGUAUUUGGUGAUUCAAAUUGUUUAGAUGAAUCACCAAAUAAGGAUAAGAAUAGGUUAGAUUGUUUUUGGUUAAUUGAAGAUAUUUUAUCAGUAUUGAAAGAGGGUAGUCCUUCAAUUACCAAUUAUUUCCCAACCAUUGGCACAUUACAUAGACCGUUAUUACCAAUUUCAAAAUCAUUAAAACAAUUGGAACUACCAAGUAGAACAACCGAUAGUGGUUCAAUUAAAGAGAUGAAAAAGUUUUCCAAGAUCGUUAGUAAACCUGAAUCGGUCAUGUUGGCUCAAACUUGUGGUAAUCAAAUCUAUCCAAAUCAAUUCCCUGAUCCACAAUGGCCCAAUUUAGAGAAAUACUUAAAUAUCACAUGGGAACAACGUGAUAAAGUUAUUCCACCUCUAACCGUACCAAAUACUCGUGGUAGUGAUCGUUAUCCAAAUGAAACCGAUUCUUCACAAUUAGCUAUCACUGGUUAUAUUGCAAUUUGUGCUGUUGUCAUUUUAAUUAUCGUUUUAUUCUUUAAAGAUAAAUCAAGAAAACAAAUUAUUAAUAAUAAUAAUAAUAAUAAUCCUAAUAAUAAUAAUCCUAAUAAUAAUAUGAAUAAUAUCAAUAAUAUCAAUAAUAAUAAUAAUAAUAAUAAUGGUCUAAAUAAUAAUAUCAAUAAUAAUAGUAAUAAUAAUAUCAAUAAUAAUGGUAAUAGUUUAAUUAAUAGUAUUGCACCAAGUUUAACCUCAAAUAUUCCUUAUUCAGUUUUAAAAUUCUCGCCAAAUUUAAAGUCUGAGAAACCAAUUGAAGCAACCGUUUAA